AUAACCUUUAAUUUUUUCAUUCUUGUUGGACAUGUGUAUGUGUUUGUUCUCUAAUUGAAACCUGUGAUCAAAACAAAAUAUAAAAAAGCAAAAACAUGAAUAACUGUCGACUGAUAUGUUCGAUAUUAUAUCGAAAUAGACAAUUUCGGCCCCAAAGAUGCUUUGAUAGACGUACAACACUAAGAUGCUUAAGUACUGCCGUUGAACCCAGCAAAGUGUUAGACCUACAAUAUUUGACCGGCGACAGUGAAGGUAUUGCUGUUUUUUCAAUGAACCGACCCAAAGCUAAAAAUUCCUUCAGUAAAAGUAUGAUUAAUGAGUUAACCACUGCCAUAGAAACUGUGAAAUUUGACAAGUCUAUCAGAACAUUAAUCAUUCGCAGCAGUGUUCCAGGGAUCUUUUGUGCAGGAGCUGAUCUUAAAGAGCGAGCAACAAUGCGCCCUGAAGAAGUUGGUCCAUUUGUGUCAAAACUACGUGGAAUGGUGUCUGAAAUUCAUAAUCUUCCGAUGCCAACAAUUGCUGCAAUUGAUGGCCCAGCUCUUGGAGGAGGUCUUGAACUAGCUUUAGCCUGUGAUAUGCGGACUGCAGCCUCUUCCGCUAAGAUGGGUCUUGUAGAAACAAGGUUGGCUAUCAUACCUGGUGGAGGUGGUACUCAGAGGUUGGCUCGAGUUGUUGGACCAUCACUUGCUAAAGAAUUGAUUUUCUCAUCUCGUGUUCUUGAUGGCAAUCAAGCCGCUGCAAUUGGUUUGGUAAAUCAUGCUGUUGAACAAAAUGAUGCCGGAGAUGCUGCUUAUCUGAAAGCUGAAGAACUUGGUCGAGAAAUUGCUAUGCAGGGUCCAUUUGCAUUAAGAAUGGCUAAACUAGCUAUAAACAAUGGCGUUGAGGUUGACUUGGCUUCUGGCAGCAAAUUCGAAGAGGCAUACUAUGCACAGGUAAUUCCAACAAAAGACAGACUAGAAGGUUUGAAAGCAUUCCGAGAAAAACGGCCACCAAAAUUCAUUGGAGAAUAAACAAGAAAAUUUGAAGUUUGAAUUCCUAGAAGUAUUUCUGCAACUGAGUUUAUUGUCAUGUUGAAGGAAGUCUAGAAUUUCCUAAAUCUUAUUAAGCUAAUUACUUAAUAAUCUGAAAUUUUUGUGCAUGGUUUAUAUAUGAUGAUAUAUUACAAAUCAACAAAAGCUAUCAAUGAAAACUGAAAUCCUCAACUAUAAUUGUAAACUGAUAAACUGUUUACUAUGAUUGCUGAUUAAUUAUAAAUUCCUGAACGAUAUACAUGUACAAACUAUGUCACACUUGGUGUAUCUGUGUGUGUAUGAAAGUAUAUGUGUAUGUAUGUAUACAUAUAUGUAUAUGUAUGUAUGCAUAUAUAUGUAUGUAUUUAUAUAUAUAUAUAUAUAUAUAUAUACACACAAACACAUACAAAAACAACCACACAUGCACACGUGUUCUGUAUAAUUAUUCUUUGAAAUUCAUGGAAUAAAUUUCUAAUAAUUGUUCAAAUCUAUUUUCAAAAUAC